UCGUUUGUAUAUUUCGCGAAUUAUGCGCAUUGUCUCGCAAACAAAUAAAUUACUAAUCGCAUGAGAUCGCAUGCAUACAUACACACCGCAGUAGUCAUAAGUGCUUACACUGUUACACUGCAAGCUGCAAGACAAGACUCAAAAUAUGUCAAGAUUCUUUGUAAAUUCGUUUGAAGAUUACAAUGAUUCGAAACAUAGUGGCCAAGAGCUUAUCAAUAAAAGUAGGGUUAUCCAAUUGAUAAAGAAUUAUGUACAAAUCAUUUUGGUUGAAACUAAGAAAAGUAAAUUUAAACUUCGAGAUGAUCUAUAUGUGGGAGAUGCCGGAAUUGCAUUCAUGUUCUGGAAAAUAUGUCAAUCAGCCGAUUUGAAGGACUUAUUUCCAUGCUUGGAACAUGCUUCAUUCUACAUAAAUCGAGCAAAGAAAUUUUCAAGUUUCCAAGGAUCGAGUAGCAGAGCCGAUAUUGGAUUCCUCUGUGGGAAUGCUGGCAUAGCGGCCGUGUCGGCCGUAAUCGCAAAUGAAAUUGGUAAACCAGAAGAAGUAUCUCGAAGUAUUGCCGAAUUUCAGAAGGGGCGUGAAGUGUGCAGAUCAAUGAGCUACGAUGCUGAUGAAGUUUUAGUUGGAAGAGCUGGAUAUUUGAGCGGUGCCUAUUGGCUUAAUCAAGUGAUAUCGCCGAAACCGAUAGCAAAUGAGAUAAUUGAGGAUGUAUGUAACAUUUUGAUAGAACGUGGACGUGAAUAUUCCAAGGCACACAAGGCUCCUCUUCCACUGAUGUAUGAGUACCAUGAUAGUGAUUAUUUGGGAGCUGCACAUGGCCUAUGCUCAAUCCUACAUAUGAUUCUGGAAUCUCCAUGGUUUAAUCUCAACAACGGCAGUUUCAAUAACAUCCCGAAGACAAAACUCAAUGAUAUCAAACAAUCAGUGGCGUACUUCGCCAGUAUUCAAGAUGCAGAUGGCAAUUUUCCAACAAGGCUGUUCAAUUCAAAUAAAAAAUUGAUUCAUUGGUGUCAUGGAUGCUCCGGUGCUAUCUAUUUGUUAGCAAAAGCUUUCUUGCUAUUCAAAGAAGAGAGCUAUCUUGAAGGAUGCCGAAAGUGUGCAGACUCGAUUUGGCGACACGGCCUGUUACGCAAAGGUCCUGGAAUAUGUCAUGGUAUCGCUGGAAAUGGAUAUGCAUUCUUGCUAAUGUAUCGACUCACAGGAGAGCGGAAAUAUAUAUAUAGAGCAUCAAAAUUUAUGGAUUUUUUGAGCACGGACACAUUUUUAGAUGGCGCACGCACGCCUGAUCGACCAUACAGCUUGUACGAAGGAUUGGCUGGAACAGUUUGCUUUUUGGUGGACUUUCUGAACCCUCAAACAUCGUACUUCCCAUUCAUGGAUAUUUUUACUGUGAAGUAUAACUCCUAAUAAAGUCAAAAAUAUUGAAAUUUGAUUUACAAAAAAAAUUAAAUCCUAUCAGGUACAUUUAACCAAUAAAAAAGUAUGUAGUCAGUCAUUUAA